CAGCUUCAGUCAUCGACACUAGCUUCAGCAUAACGAGGUGUCGUUCCGUCAAAACUGAUCCCGCGACAGAUUCACACCGAACUGCGGUUUCUCCUUGACUCAAGUAUGGCGUCGGCUACGAAAAUCAUCCAGAGGCUGCGGAACUUACUGUCAGGGCAAGACCUCCAGUCAAAACUACAGCUUCGCUACACUGAAAUCUCAAAGAGGACCCAGCCUCCACCUAAUCUUCCCGUUGGACCGAGCCAUAAAUGUGCAGAUAACUACUACUGUCAGAGAGAUGGACGCCGGGAGUCUGUCCCACCGACCGUGGUCAUGUCUUCACGGAAGGCCCUGACAGCUGGAAGCGAGGCUUCUGGAAAACCCAAGCGUCCUGUUAUUCCCGGGACGCCACCGAAGGAACUUCCACUGAGUGUUGACUAGAUUUACAGUUUAAAAUAAAGAAUGUGUAUAUACAACAAACACA